AUGUCAUAUGUGAUCUCAAUUGCAUCGUCAAACAUCCUCUCCAUCGCAAGACUGCAAAUCAAGAUCGAAGAAGAACUCCCUCUGGGCACCAAACCUUUUCCUCUCAUUUCCCGGCAAAUACACAUAACACACGUUCAAUUUAUCGAAUUUCCUCAGGAGCGAGUUGAGGAGCAGCGCAUAUCGAAUGAGCGGCUGAAUAGGUUUUUACGGCCACAGCAGAAUUUGAUCAUGGGAGAGGCUCGCGGGGCAGGCGCCGGCGAUGAUUUCCUCGAUCAGGGUCUCGGCAGCGCGGUAACGCUUGCCGGAAACCGCGAUCUCGAUCAUUGUGAGGUAGGUGGAGUGGUUGUGCUUGUAAUGGCGCUGCUGGGCGGUCCACCGGAAGAUGUCGAGGGCGAGGUCCGGGUCGGAUUGGGCCCGCAGGGCGUCCUCGACGUCUUGUCCAGUGAAGCCAGGCUUUAG